AUGAUCCAUAUCUUAAAACGUAAUUUUACAAUUGGAACGAGAGUGAAUAAAAUGCCAACUUUUGAUAAUUCGUUUCUUUUCAACCAUACUUGCCUUCGUAUUAAGGAUCCCAAGGUUUCAAUUCCCUUCUAUGAGAAGAAUUUUGGAUUCAAACAUCUCAGAACAUUUCCAGUUUCUAAGGAGGGAUAUACGUUGUACGAAUUGGGCAUAGAAGGUGAAGGAAAGAAGGGCGUCAAUUGGGCCGCAAGAGAAGGUAUUUUAGAAUUGCGUCACAAGCCAGGUUCUGAAAACGAUGACAGCUUUGAAAUUAACAAUGGAAAUAGCAAAGAGUUCAGAGGAUUUGGACAUAUUUGUCUCUCCGUAGACAACAUUCAAGCCUCGGAGAGCCAUUUAUUAGAUGAUGGAGUCAAGUUCCAAAAGAAGUUGUCAGAUGGAAGACAAAAGAACAUUGCCUUUGCUCUUGAUCCUGAUGGAUACUGGAUAGAAUUGAUCGAACAUGGCAAAGACAGAGUUGAAGGAAAGACCGAGUUGUCAUCGUACAAGUUGAACCAUACUAUGAUUCGAGUCAAAGAUCCAGUUAAAUCCUUAGACUUCUACCGUAAUGUAUUAGGAUUCAAGUUGUUUUCAAAGAAAGAGUUUGAAAGCGCAGAGUUUACUCUUUACUUUCUUGGAUUCGAUCAUAGCAAAGACUUGAAGGAAGGAGAGUUGGCCUGGGACACGCAGGCAGGUAGAGAAUCUAUUUUGGAAUUGACCCACAACUGGGGCACCGAAUCCGAUAAUUCUUUCGAAGGUUAUCACAACGGAAAUGACACAGCCAACGGUGCAAAGCAAGGUUUUGGCCAUAUUUGUGUGUCUUGUAAGGAUCCACUGACGUUCUGUCAACAGAUUGAAAAAGAAUACGGUGAUAAGGUUAAGUGGUCUGUCAAAUACAAUCAAGGGCCCGUGCCGGAUAAUGCAUUCAUCCAGGACCCUGACGGGUACCUCAUUGAAAUUUUCGGUAGCAAUAUGCUUUCCGAAUAA